AUGAAGCAGCUGUGCCUUUGCGCCGCCGCCUCCUUCGCGCUCCUGCCCACCCUGCGGCCCCUGCCCCAUCCCGAAGCCGGCAGUCAGAGGCAGGCGCCAGGCAAGUGCCCAGGCCGGGCGGUGAGAGCCCGGAGCCCCUGCUGGGGGAGCGGGGAGGGGCAGCGGCCGCCAGUCCCACGUUCCCCUGGGUGUGCCCUGCAGAGCCAGGACUGGGGCAAAAGUGACGAGCGACUGCUGCAGGCCGUGGAGAACAACGAUGCCGCACGGGUGGCCUCCCUCAUUGCCCGCAAGGGGCUGGUGCCCACGAAGCUGGACCCCGAGGGCAAGUCCGCAUUCCACCUGGCGGCCAUGAGGGGUGCAGCCAGCUGUCUAGAGGUGAUGCUGACGCACGGCGCCAACGUUAUGAGCACGGAUGGGGCAGGUUACAGUGCCCUCCACCUGGCCGCCAAGUAUGGGCACCCUCAGUGCUUGAAGCAACUACUUCAGGCAUCCUGCGUGGUGGAUACUGUGGACAGUAGUGGGUGGACGGCGCUGCAUCACGCAGCGGCUGGCGGCUGCAUCUCCUGCUCAGAAAUGCUCUGCUCCUUCAAGGCACAUCUGAAUCCCCGAGAUCGGCUGGGUACAACACCCCUCAUCAUAGCAGCUCAGAUGUGUCACACAGAUCUGUGCCGCCUUCUCCUGCAGCAAGGGGCUGCUGCAAAUGACCAGGACCUUCAGGGCAGGACAGCCCUGAUGCUGGCCUGUGAGGGAGCCAGCCCCGAAACAGUGGAGGUGCUGCUGCAGGGUGGGGCUCAGCCGGGCAUCACUGAUGCGCUGGGCCAGGACGCUGCUCACUACGGCGCCCUGGCAGGGGACAAACUCAUCCUACACCUCCUGCAGGAGGCCGCCCAGCGCCCCUCACCACCCAGCGAGGAUGACUCAGGCGAGGCAUCAUCUCAGAACUCUGUGUCCAGCCAUGAAAAACAAGGGGCCCCCAAGAAGCGGAAGGCACCUCAGCCCCCUGCCAAUAUCCCGAUGCCGGAUGAUCAAGAUGCCUAUGAGGAGAUCGUGCGGCUGCGACAGGAGAGGGGCCGCCUGCUGCAGAAGAUCCGGGGCCUGGAGCAGCACCAGGAACGGAGGAAGCAGGAGCUGCCAGAGGCAGAGGCCAGCUCCCUCCACAGCCUGGAGAGACAGGUGCAAGAACUACAGCAGCUGCUGGCAGAGAAGCAGGAGGAGAAGGAGAGUCUAGGACGGGAAGUGGAAAGUUUGCAGAGCAGGCUGUCCCUGCUGGAGAAUGAGAGGGAGAACACCAGCUAUGACGUGGCCACCCUGCAGGACGAGGAGGGUGAGCUGCCUGACUUCCCAGGGGCUGAGGCACUGCUCUCCAAGCACCUAAGCCCAUCGGCCCAGGAGCUCUUGGCCUCGCUGCAGGAGCAGGUGGCCACGCUCACCAGACAGAACCAGGAACUGAUGGAGAAGGUCCAGAUCCUGGAGCACUUCGAGAAGGACGAGAUGGAGGCUGACAGUCUGGCCGAGGUCAUCCCUCUGGCGCUGUACGACUCUCUCCGGGCUGAGUUUGACCAGCUCCGCAGGCAGCAUGCCAAGGCCCUGCAGGCGCUGGAGCAGCAGGAAGCACAGGAGGCCCCUGGAGAAGAGGAGGCAGCCCCUAGGGAGGGCAAAGUCCCGGGAGCCAAGACCACCAGAAACGGACCAGUAGAAACAGAGCUUAACGGCACUGCAGCUCCGGAAACCAGAAUUAAUGGAGCCGAGAGCACAGAUGAGGAGGCUGCGGGAGUAGAAACCACGGAAGCCAGAGCUUUGGAAGCAGCAUCCACGGUGGCAGAGGCCACGGAAACAAGACCCACGGACGCUGAGACCACGGAAACAGAGGGUGCGGGCGUCGAGCACUUGGAAACAAAGCCCACAGGGGCUGAGGUCGCAGAAGCGAAAACUCUAGAAGAAGGAGGAAACGCAGAAACAGAGGCCACGGAAGCAGAGUCCACAAAUAUGAAAACAGAGGAACCAGAAUGGAAGGCCAGUGGAACAGGUGCUGUGCAGGAAGAGCUCACAGGCACAGGGACCAUGAAAACGGAGGCCAUGGGAGUGGAGGCCACGACCCCGAGGGUCACCGCAGGCCCCGCCCCGCACCCCAGUGCUGCCGAGCUGGAGGCGGCCCACGGCAAGCGUGAGCCCGCGGAGGCCGAGGGUGGUGGCGCUGGCGGGGUCAGCAGCGGUGACACGGGCCAGCUGCGGGCCGCCCUGGAGCAGGCCCGGGAGGACCUCCGAGACCGGGACUGCCGCCUCCGGGAGCUGGAAGUGGCCUCGGCCCGGCUGGACGAGGCCCAGGCUGGCCGGCUGUUGGCCGAGGAGGAGGCUCGGGGCCUGCGGGCAGAGCUGGCCCAGCGGGAGGAGUUGCGGCUGGAGCUGAGCCGGGAGCUGCAGGCCCUGCGGGAGCAGCUGGCUACGGCCACAGCCGCCGGGGAGCAGCAGCGGGCCACGGCCGUCAAGCUGGGCCAGGCGCGGGACGCGGCCGAGGCGCAGGCCGCUGAGCUGGCCGCGGCCUGCGAGGAGGCUCGGCGGGGCCUGGCGGAAUUGCGUGAGGCCUCCGAGGUGCUCCGCCAGUCGGUGGUGCCGGCCUCGGAGCACCACCGGCUGCAGGAGGAGGCUCUGGAGUUGCGGGGCCGGGCGGCCAGCCUGGAGCAGGAGGUGGUGGCCACGGGCAAGGAGGCCGCCCGUCUGCGGGCAGAGCUGGAGCGCGAGCGCGUGGGCAGCGUGGCCCGCCUGGAGCACGAGCGCAUCGUGGGCGCCCUGCAGGACGACGCGGCCCAGCUCCGGGAGCAGCUGGAGGAGCUGGGGCGACGCCACGAGAAGACCAGCGCCGAGGUCUUCCAGGUGCAGCGGGAGGCGCUAUUCAUGAAGAGUGAACGGCAUGCAGCCGAGGCCCAGCUGGCCACCGCAGAGCAGCAGCUGCGGGGGCUACGUACCGAGGCCGAGCGGGCACGCCAGGCCCAGAGCCGUGCCCAGGAGGCCCUGGAGAGCGCCAAGGAGAAGGACAAGAAGAUCACAGAGCUCUCCAAGGAAGUCUUCAGCCUUAAGGAGGCACUGAAGGACCAGCCGGGAGCCCCAGGCUCCUCGGAGGUGGAGGCCCUUCGCGGCCAGGUGAAGGCUCUAAGGGAGCAGCUGGAGGAAGCUGCCAGGGACCACAGUGCAGUGGUGGCCUUGUACAGGAGCCACCUCCUCUAUGCCAUCCAGGGUCAGAUGGAUGUAGACGUACAGCGGAUUCUGAGUCAGAUCCUGCAGAUGCAAAGACUCCAGGCCCAGGGCCGCUGAGACCGGAGCACCGCCCUCCAGCUUCCAGGCCCCGAGUCGGGGCUUGCAGACUCACGCGCUGACCAUCCACACUUGGAGACCAGCCUGGGCUCUUUCCCAACGAUCCCUCACUGCCUCCACGGCCCCACUGGUCCCUGCAUGCGCUGGUCAGUCUGGACCCUGGCCCUGACCGUGUACCCUUCCCUGCGCCGGAGAAUCUGUGAGUCCCCUCCCUCGCGUCUGGUCUUAUCAUCGGACGCCACCCCCAGGAAUAA